UUUCAAAAAACCACCUAAUUUGGAUCUAAUUUUUUUGUUUUAGAAUAACCCUUCAGAAAGUAUAAUCAUAUUCUAGGGCUUCAACUUCACUUUGGAAUUUCAGUUGAAAAAUGGCAGACGAAGCAAAUAGAACUGCUUUCGUUGAAAUUCAGGGUCGAAUGAUUGAGACUACAGGCAAAUUAAAGCAGGUUCAAACCCAGAUUCGAAACAAAGAAACAGAAAAGAAGCGUGCUUAUUUGACAAUGGAGGAACUGAAGCAGCUCUCUGACGAUACUAAUACAUACAAAGCCAUAGGAAGAACGUUUGUCUUAGAGCCAAAGGCUGUGUUAAUGAAUGAGCAAGAGCAAAAAUUCAAGGAUGGUGAAACUGCAAUUGCCUCUUUGCAGAUGAAGAUAUCAGUGAAAGGAAUGUUAAUGGAAAUUGCUUGUUGGGCAGACUUCUAAAGAGUAUUUGGAAAAGCACUUGGCAGAGGUGGAGAAUAACCUUAGGGAGCUGUUGCAACAAGAUCCUGGUCUUGCUCGUCAGAUAAUGACUAUGUCUGUAGCAUAGAUUUUCUGCUUAAAGUUCCUUUUGUUAACUCUUUCCUUGGAAAAAGAAAAAAACAUAGCUUCUCAAAGGUUUUCUGGGACAUCAAAUUCUAGGUAAUGAGAAAACAUUGUAUACUGGCUGUAUGCGGAACUUAUCCACCCGAUUUCUGCAACUUCAGUGGUUGAUGCUACGUUGGUCGUAAUGCUUGCUUCUAUUGGACUUGGAGUUGGUCGAGGGACUACUACAUGUCAAGUUGCAAUUCAUGAGAAAUGUUGUGUACUGUCAAUCUUAACAAGCACACCUGAAUGUAAACUGGAAUUGAGAAAGAAAUGCCUAAAUAUUGAUUGUAAGGAGAAAAACGACGCAGGUUGUGAUUUCUUUUGAAGCUUUUGUGAAUACUGACAUCUUUUGUUACAGAAUAUUGGGAUUAUUUGCA